CCUCCACCGGCUCCUAUUCCCCCGCCGGCUCCCCCGUCUCCUGCUCCUCCGCCGGCUCCUGCUCCCCCACCGGCCGUCAACCCUCCGCCGGCUCCCCCGUCUCCUAUUCCUCUGCCGGCUCCUGUUCCUCCACCGGCUCCCCUGUCUCCUAUUCCUCCGCCGGCUCCCCCGGCUCCUACUCCUCCGCCGGCUCUCCCGCCGGCUCCGGACCCUCCGCCGGCUCCCCCGGCUCCUGCUCCCCCGCCGGCUCCUAUUCCCCCGCCGGCUCCCCCGUCUCCUGCUCCUCCACCGGCUCCUACUCCUCCGCCGGCUCUUCCGCCGGCUCCUGACCCUCCGCCGGUUUCCCCAUCUCCUGCUCUUCCGCCGGCUCUUCCGCCGGCUCCGGACCCUCCGCCACCUCCCCCGGCUCCUGCUCCUCCGCCGGCUCCUAUUCCCCCGCCGGCUCCCCCGUCUCCUGCUCCUCCGCCGGCUCCUGCUCCUCCACCGGCUCCUAUUCCCCCGCCGGCUCCCCCGUCUCCUGCUCCUCCGCCGGCUCCUGCUCCCCCGCCGGCCGUCAACCCUCCGCCGGCUCCCCCGUCUCCUAUUCCUCUGCCGGCUCCUGUUCCUCCACCGGCUCCCCUGUCUCCUAUUCCCCCGCCGGCUCCCCCGUCUCCUGCUCCUCCACCGGCUCCUACUCCUCCGCCGGCUCUUCCGCCGGCUCCUGACCCUCCGCCGGUUUCCCCAUCUCCUGCUCUUCCGCCGGCUCUUCCGCCGGCUCCGGACCCUCCGCCACCUCCCCCGGCUCCUGCUCCUCCGCCGGCUCCUAUUCCCCCGCCGGCUCCCCCGUCUCCUGCUCCUCCGCCGGCUCCUGCUCCUCCGCCGGCUCCUAUUCCCCCGCCGGCUCCCCCGUCUCCUGCUCCUCCCCCGUCUCCUGCUCCUCCGCCGGCUCCUGCUCCCCCGCCGGCCGUCAACCCUCCGCCGGCUCCCCCGUCUCCUAUUCCUCUGCCGGCUCCUGUUCCUCCACCGGCUCCCCUGUCUCCUAUUCCUCCGCCGGCUCCCCCGGCUCCUACUCCUCCGCCGGCUCUCCCGCCGGCUCCGGACCCUCCGCCGGCUCCCCCGGCUCCUGCUCCUCCGCCGGCUCCUAUUCCCCCGCCGGCUCCCCCGUCUCCUGCUCCUCCACCGGCUCCUACUCCUCCGCCGGCUCUUCCGCCGACAUCCAAACUGUCCCAGCAGAUGCCUCUUUAUACAACGUAA